AUGAAGUUUUCUUCUAAUAAUACCCCACCCCCUCAUAAGGUUAGCAUCAAUAAUAAUAAUAAUAUUAAUAAUAAAGAUCGUCACAGAAAGGUUAAUGGAAGAGAAAGUCGCAUUCUGUUGCCACCGUUAUGUGCUGCGCGCGUGUUCCAGCUCACGCGCGAGCUAGGGCACAAGACUCAUGGUGACACAAUUGAGUGGCUCUUGCGCCACGCCGAACCUUCCAUAGCCGCUGCAACUGGCGGCAAAAGUAUAGUGCCACCACCAUCAUCAUCAUCGAACACCAAUGAUAAUCAAGGUGUGAAAAAUGGUGGUGGUGACACUGGGUGGUUGGAGUAUGAUGUUCUUGCAAACCUUGGUGUAGGGUUUUCUGCCAAUGAAAUUGCAGUGAUCCAAGCAAUGAUCAAGAGCUUCAGCUGA